CCCCAUCUAGAUUCUAGACCUAGGUCAAUCCUCAUUUGCCAGGUUAGCCCAGCCUAGCAUUAUGUAAGACUGGGGAGGAGAGUCCCACGCGUGUUGUAACUGAGCGGGCUAGACAGAUUCUGUCCGAUGCGUACUUCGUAGAACUCGAAGCGAGGAGCAGCUGUUCCUCGCGUUUUUAUCAAUCAUCUAGUAGCAUCCAUUCUUUCAUUAUUAUUAUUAUUUUCGACCAGGACUGCAGCCCGUCGCUUUGUCCUAACUUAUGGGGUCCACCACCUCGCAGCCUCCUCCGCUCCUCAUCUUGAAAUUUCCCAAUGGCAUUCAAAAGGAAAUUCGCGAGCCUGUGACGACGCUAGGUCGAGCGACGUUUCCCUUCGAUCCGAAAUUUUCCGUCACGUGCAGCCGGAAGCAAGCCGAAAUCCGCGUCGUCCAUUCCGAUGCAGCGAAGCCUCCCAUCCCUGGCGAUGGCGAUGUUUCUGCAGCGGUAACUCGUCGAAUUGUUGAAAACGAAACAGUCGCGCGGAGCAUAACAGUAUCGGAGAGCAAAACAGUCACUGUACGGUUGACCUGUUUCGGAGUUAACCCCAUUCAUUUCAAGACAUGUUUCAGACCCGAGUCUCGUGUAUUCGCGGAUUCUGGAAAGUAUAGAGGAAUAUCUCGUACUGGCAGCACGGUGGCCUCCCUCCGUUCUGCACUGGACCUGGCGAAGGGCGAGUCCGUCUGCCUGUCCCACGGGGACCAGUUCUACCUCGCUGCAAGCCCCAAGUACCUUGUCAGUGUGAUCAUCCCGAGCUGUGACUGUAGGGGUGGGGAGAGGGAGGCGGAGAGGUUUGGUUGUGAUAGUAACGAGGGUAAGCAGACGCCUGAUGUUGGCAGGGGAGGAGAGGCGACUGGGGAAGAUGCAGCAAGAGGAGCAGGAGAAGUGAGAGGUGAAGAGGUGGGAGGAGCAGAGGUGGGAGGAGCAGAGGUGGGAGGAGCAGAGGUGGGAGAGAGAACCGAAAAGACUGCAGAUCGCGGGGACACGUCUGUUGAAGAGCACUUGAGGGGGGGUGGGAGGCUGGGAGGUGAUAGAGGUGAGGGUGACGAGAGGAGAGUGGAGCUGCAAGUGCAGGUGCAGGCGCAGAGGCCUCAAGCGGUGGGGUGGUGGAGAGGGGAAACGAAGCUUAGGAGGAAGAGGCCGAGAUUUGUGAUGGACUCAGAAGAGCAGCAGAUGGAGAAAGAGAGGGAGGGGAAGGAGGGGAAGGAGGAGGAAAAAAGGGAGGAGGAACAGGAGGGGGAGGGGGUUGAGGAGGCGGGAAUGGAAGAGGUGGUGGUGAGCCUGACAGGGUACGCGGGGCUCAUGCGGUCGUCAGUGAAGCUCAUGGUGCAGGCCUCAGGGGCGAGACUCACGAGAGAUUUCUCCCCGGAUUUGAACACGCACCUGGUAUGCAAUCGGUUUGAGGGGCCGAAAUACGACCUUGCAGUCCGCCGCAACACAGCUGUUUAUUCCAAUAACAGCAACCAGAGUGCCUAUGAUGGUAACGAGGGCGUGGAGACGAGGCACGGGGGGGGCGCUGAGGGCGCAGUGUGGGUGGUCAACCACCGGUGGCUGGAGGACUGUCUGCUGCACUCGUGCCGCAUUCCCGAAGCUCCUUACUCCCGCCUCCCGGGUGAGGCUGUGGGCCCUCCCUGCCUCUUCCCAGAGCCACCACCACGUGUCCCUGUCCCCUCGUCACCACAUGUCGCACCCCUGUGUGCCCUGCAUUGCGCUGCACCGCAGCAAGGAGUGCAAGGAGGGGCAGUCAUCUCUGGUCUUGCACCAGGGCCGCGGGUCCCUGCAGCAGAGCAGGAAGCAGGCAGGCAAUCACGUGUUGCAGCAGGGCAAGGAGUGUGCAGCCCUGUGGGGCGUGCAGCGUUACAGGAGCAUAAUUCUGCAGGGGCAGCGGCGGUGGGGCAGCAGAGAAAGGAGGUGGGCGAUUGCCAGGCACGUGCAGCAGAGGAGCGGGCAGGGGGGCAGACUGAGGCAGACACAAGGCGAGACGCACAGCAAGGAGCGUGCAGCCCUGUGGGCCUUGCGGCCUUGGGAGAGCAGUCAAGUGGGGUUGUAGUAGUGGGCCGGAAAAGGAAGGAGGUGGGCGAUUGCCAGGCAUGUGCAGCAGAGGGGCAGACUAAGGCAGAGGCAAGACAGGAGGAGAAGAAAGGGUCACAAGCAGAGCCUGGGGUCCUUCUGGCAAGAGAAAACGUUAUGGAGGAUGCUGGGAGAGGGUGGGAUGGGGGGUGGGAAGUGGACGGUGGUGGUGAGGGGGUUGGCGGCGGCACAGCAAGGCGAUUCACUAAGAGCAGGCCCAUUAAGAGAAGGAAAUUGCAAGGCAAGGAGAACAUUCCAGUUUUGGGUAGCAAGGGAGGUCAGUGGUCUCGAGGUGAAGCAGGAGCGUUAGCAGAUAGAAGCGAAACCCGAGAUGCCUUUGCGGCAAAUCCAACACAGGCAGCAGCGGAACCAGCAGCAGCAGCAGCCGGUGAGGUGGCAGAUGCAGGGCCGGUAGCAGGCGAUGGCACAUGUGAGACUGCCUGCAAUACUACCCACGUGGUGGCUGGUAGCAGCUUUGCCCCCCCUCCUUUCGAUAGACGAAACGGAGGCAUACCGUUGGGGGAGGUUCCCAUGAGGGAGAGGCUAGUGGGUGAUGUGGCAGCAGCAGGGCCACCUUCCAGACGAGACAGUGUCAGAGAGGCAGUACGAGUGGGGGAGGUGCACGGCAUAGAGGCCCCACCGGAGGUGCAUGCAAGAGUGGUGCGUGGGGGAGAUAUUCUGCACCCAUCCACACCCCCUCCUGCUCCCGCGUCCCCCCCUCAAGCUGCCUCCUCCCCGCCACCGCCCUCAUCCAAGGCCUCCCCCUCUCCCUCGUCGCCCUCCUCAUGCCCCUCCCAAAGGGGGAUGCGCGAUGGCAUAUGGCCGUCGAUUCACCUGGGUUCGCCUGUUCCCCUCUCUCUGCUCCAGUCGCAAGCUGCGCCUGAUUUCUCUCAGGGUGCUCCUGAUUGCUCUCAGGUGAAAACAACCGAGGAGAGAAAGGGGGAAGAGGAGGAGAGGAGGGGCAGGAUCCAUAUAGGAGAGAGGCGACCAGUGGGGGAGGAGGGGAGAGAAUUUUAUGCUGGACACGUGGAGGAGGAUGAAGAGGAAGAGGAGGAAGGGGAGGAAGAGGAGGAAGAGGAGGAAGAGGAGGAAGAGGAGGAAGAAGAGGAAGAGGAGGCGAAAUUCAUGACUCUAUGCCCUCUGUCUCCUGACAUUGGGGGAGGCUCUCGCUACGUGCCACUUGACCACAGACAGGGCCAGCACCCACAGGAACUUUCACCUGAGAAUUCACCUGAAGCCCUGCUGCAUUCGUCAGCUGAACUUGCUGCUGCGCGUGUUGCCCAUCCCGUCUCUCUUCAGCCUGAUGCCGACUUAGCGCCAGCUGUGGCUGGGUGUGAGCUGGCACCCGGCGUGUGUGAGCUGGCACUUGGCGUGUGUGAGCUGGCACCCGGCGUGGGUGAGCUGGCACCCGUGGCGCCAGGAGGUGAGCCAAUGGACCGGCCAUUUGCUGCUGCUGAGAAUCCUCGAGAGGAAUCUUAUAGCGAGAAUGAGGAGUUUGACAGCUCGUUUCAGCAAGCGCGGCAGCUGCUGGCGUCCCUGUGGAGCCCGAGAAGGGAAGGAGCAGGGCGGGAAUGUGAGACCAGGAAGGCCCGCCCUGCCUUUUCGAGAAGGGAAGGAGCAGGUGAAGGGCCAGGUGAAGGGCCAGGUGAAGGAGCAGGUGGGCAGAUGCCGGUGGAAAGGCAAGGGAGGGAUGUGCAACAAGAAAUUGUGAGAGAAGACUGUGUGAGGCAAGAGGUUGGGAUGCAGGAGAGCGCGAGGGACGAGGGUUUGAGGGAAGAGGGUUUGAGGGAGGAGGGUUUGAGGGAGGAGGGUUUGAGGGAGGAGGGUUUGAGGGAGGAGGGUUUAAGGGAGGAGGGUUUGAGGGAGGAGGAUGAAGAUGCGAUGCAAAGAGACGUGAGACAGGGGCAUGCGAGGCAGGGGAGAGCCGGCAGUGCUGAUGUGAUUGUGAUUUCAGACAGUGACAGUGACAGUGGCACCUCGCAGGAAGGGAGAAAUAGGAGAGUGGGAGAUGAGCAGGCUGGUGGGGGGCGUGUUGGACAGGAGAGAAUAUGGGAGGAGGAAAAACAGAGUGACAGAAGCGAGGAGCAGGAGGAGGAGGAAGAGGAAGCGCAAGAGGAGAAGGGAAAAGACGAGGAGGAGGAGGAGGAAGAGGAGGAGGAGGAGGAGGAAGAAGAGGAGGAGGAGGAGGAAGAAGAGGAGGAGGAGGAGGAGGAAGAAGAUGAGGAGGAUGACGAGAUUGAGUUCACGCAGCGGCCACGUGGAGAUGCGGUGGGUGGGUGUGGAAUGGUAGGAAGGGGUAGGAUGGGGCAGGAGAGGGAGGGUGCUGAGGAGGUGAUGCAGGCAGGGGGAGGUGAGGGGGAGAGGAGUCGGGAUUGGAGGGGAGAGUGGAGCAGGAAGAGGAGGGGUGAGAGGAGUGCGGAGAGGAACAGGGAGCACAGGCUGAAGAGGCUAAGGAAGGUGUCGUGGAGGAGAGACCUGCUGCAGAGCAGAGUGGCGGCUGCUGUGCCUGCUGGUGAUGGUAGGGACGAUGGUAGAGGGGACAUGGUAGGUGGUGGUGCUGCUGGUAUGAGGGGUGUGGAUGGUGGAUCUGGGGAUGAAGAAGGGGGCGGGGGAGGGGAUGCAGGCGGUGCUGCUUUAUGGGAGCGUUCAGGGGCUUUAAGGGGUCAGUCAGGUGGUGUGAGUCAGGGGCUUUCUAAUCACGCAGCCAUGGGCUUUCCAGGGACAAGGGGGAUCUUGGCCGGUGACGAGGCAGCACUUGGCAGUCUGCCACGUGGCAAGUCCCCAUGGACGCUGGAGGCGUUUUUGGGACGGAAGGUGGAGCCGAGGAGACCGUUGCGAAUACCAGAGCUGAACCUCACGCCUGAGGAAUGUAUGGCAGGUGUGACAGAAGGUGAGGGUGUGAAUGGGCGGCAACUUUGCCAGGCGCAGCAGCGGAGCCAGCAGCAGCAGCAGCAGCAGUGGGGGCAUGGUCAAGAGCAACAGCAGCAGAAGCAGCAGCAUCGCCAGAAGGAGCAAGAGCACUGUCCGCAGCAGCAGAUAAUGAUGAGGGAGCUGCCAUCAUCGUUACCAGGGAGAGCAGGUGCAGCAGAAGUUGGCGCAGCAGGAGCUGGAGCAGCAGGAGUAGCUGGAGCAGCACUAGCAGCAGGAGCUGUAGCAGCAGGAGUAGCUGGAGCAGCACUAGCAGCAGGAGCUGUAGCAGCUGUGGGGGGAGCAGAAGUAUCGGGAAGCAGAGCAACAAUCCAGAGGUAUUCCGCACCUUCCUCACCCAGCCGAGCCUCCAUGGCAACACACUCCCAGCAAGCCAGUCCCCUCUCGCCCAUAAGAAGGAGCACCCAGCGCAGCGGAAUGUCUCCUAGAAGCAACCGCAACCAGCGGGUGCUGCAGCGCAGCCACCAGAAUAAUCACCCAAGGGGCCUCCUCUCCUCUGGUCGCUCUGGGAAGAUACCUGCCGAUGCUGCGCACUCUGCUGAUCCUUUUCCCCUUGCCAGCGCCUCGCAUCCCGCUCCUCUAUCCACCACCACACCUGCCGCUCCUUCUGCUGCCCCCUCUGCCACAGCCCCUGCUGCUGCCUCUGACCCCACCCCUAUCAGCCACGCCCCUCCUCCUGCUCUCCCGCACUCUCCUCGCCAUCACACCCCACACCGCACAAGUGCCCACACACCUCCCCAUUUGAAUCACAAGGCAGCAUCAGCUUUCCGCACGCCGCCCAGGGCGAACCUGGAGUCUGCGCAAAAGCAAGUGGCCCGCACGCCUCCCAGGGCGGCGUUUGCGAGUCCGAGUGGGGGGUGUGCGUGCGCCAUCUGCCAGGAGGACACCCCGGCGUCCAGGAUCGGCGUGCUGCCGUGCAUGCACGCCUUCUGCUACUGUUGCAUCCGCAAGUGGGCUGAAUCCGCAGCCACUGCAGUCCCCUGCUGUCCUCUUUGUAAGGAGCCCUUCGAGUUCAUUACAGUGCGCAACAAGAAGGCCAGCGGAGCAGCAGCUGCAGCUGCCAAGCGCAGCAGUCUCCCUGCUGCCCCUGCUGCUGGUGCUGCUGCUGGUGCCGCUGCUAUGGAUGAAGAUGGUGAUCUGCAAGUGGAUGGGGAGGAGGAGCGCAUUGUGAUGGUGCCAUGCCUCAAGAGAAGGACUCCCACAGACGAAUCACCACUCGAUACCAUGGUGUGCUGCGUGUGCCAGUCGGGCGCCAUGGAGGAUCUCCUGCUGCUGUGCGACGCCUGCAACCACCUGGGGGCGCACCACACCUUCUGCCUCGACCCGCCGCUGCCUGCAGUCCCCUCAAGCCAGGAGCCCUGGUUCUGCCCUGCGUGCUUGGGGAGGAGGUAUGAGCAUGAUAAAGGGUGUUAUAUUAGCUCCUCUCCUCUGCGUCAUUCAGGACCCCUCGACGGACCCGCCGUCGACUUCAAGUGGACAGGCAUGUUUCAGGACUCGGUAGAAGGAGAAAUUUGGGCAAUCGAUCCGAAACCCAUGCCAACAGACAGCAGCGGGGCCGGUUACAAGCGGUCCAGGAAGAUUCGCCUCAGCCUGUUGGAGGGCUUGAUGCUGCUUUUGCGAGCAGCAUUCUUGGAAGUGCGUUCGGGGAUAGGACGAGGUCGAGAUUGAGAAACAGUAGGCAAACAACACUGCCAUUCUUCAGAAGUGUAAGGUAGUUCGACUCCACUCGAAAUGUGCGUGGGAGAUGCCAUGAAAUCAAGGGCAUUCUGGAUGUCCCUUUCUUAUUCACGAAUGGUGGUUACGAAUUCUACUCAUGGACACCCAAUGCUAGAGACUCAUUCUGGUGACUUGGAAGGUGCAAGUAUCGUCAAGUAGAUGUGGAAUUUGGACUAUUGUAAGAUAAGAAGAGAGCGUAUGUUGAAGUCAUAUAAGUG